AGUUUAUCUCUUUACGGGUGUCUAACGCUCCUUUUCUAACAACAGAUAAAGGGACGGGCGUUCCAUUGACUUGUUAACAUGUUGGAUUGGGUAUGGACCCUGGAACACAUUCUGUUCACCUUUAUUAUUGUGAUUUUGACGUUUGUUUACAUUAACAGAGGAUGGGAGGAGUUGGUGAGAAUCCUGGUUAUAGGGCUGAAGCAGCUGCCAGGGGUGGAGGAAAUUCUCCGGUACGUACUCCGUCAACAGGUCAAGGACUUCGUUCAAAAUUCUACUCUGAGGAAAAGUGAUGGGUCCGCUCCCAAGGUUCUCAUACCCAAGAAAGGAGUCCCUACGGACGAACUUCGGAGGGAGCUGGUGGAGCUGAAGGGAAAAGAAACUGACCCGGAGGAGGGGAAGAUCUUCGCUUACGUCUACACUCAGGAGGAUGAUCACUUCAACAUCCAGACCGAGGCCUUCCAGAGCUUCCAAGAGAAGCUAGGAUACUCCGUGGACCAUGACGCUAUUGUUAAGGAGUUUCAUCAUGCCUUCCUUCACGAAAACGCACUGAAUCCCAUGGUCUUCCCCAGCUUAAGGAAGAUGGAGACUGAAAUCGUUAGCAUGACAGCUGGUAUGCUGAGUGGAAGUGACGAAUGUGUCGGCUUCUUGACUUCCGGUGGUACCGAGAGUAACCUGAUGGCUGUCAAGUCAUACCUCAACCGUGCCAAGAAAAUGUAUCCAACGAUCAAAAACCCUGAAAUAAUAGCCCCUAUAACGAUUCACCCAACCAUUGACAAGGCGGCGGACUAUUUUGGUCUCACUGUAAUACAUACACCAGUGGACGAGAGGUUCCAAGCUGACGUCAAGGCCAUAGAAAGGGCAAUAACCCCAAAUACCAUCCUACUGUGUGCCUCCGCUCCUCAGUUUUGUCACGGCAUCAUCGACCCGAUAGAGAAAAUCUCACACCUCGCCCUAAAGAAGGGGCUCCCCCUGCAUGUGGACGCCUGUUUUGGAGGAUACAUGCUACCAUGGGUAGAAAAACUAGGUUAUGAUGUUCCACCAUUUGAUUUCCGUAACCCCGGUGUAACAUCUAUGUCAGCUGAUGUGCACAAAUAUGGAUAUGGAGUCAAGGGCUCCAGUGUGAUUGUAUACAAAAGUAACGACUAUCGCCGUCACCAGGUAUACACUUACGCCCAGUGGCCAGGAGGCCUGUAUGGCUCACCCAGUAUGGCUGGCACUCGACCAGGUGGAAACAUCGCCGCCUCGUGGGUGGCCAUCAGAGCGCUGGGUGAGGACGGUUAUAUGAAACGUGCCAAAGAGCUAAUGGAUGCCACGGAACAACUGAAGGAAGGGGUCCGGAAAAUAGACGGACUGAAGAUACUGGGAACUCCACAUAUGACUUGUUUUGCUAUUGGCUCGGCGGAUCCAGAAAUUGAUAUACAGGCUGUAGCUGACGUCAUGGACGGAAAGGGCUGGAAGAUGGAACGUAACCAGAAUCCGAGUUCCCUACACUUGUCUAUACUCCCGACUCAUGUUCCGGUGGUGUCUGAGCUCCUGGCCGAUCUCAAGGCCGCAACAGAAAGGGUCAAGGGCGACGUGACGCUAUCUAAGAACGGUACGGCCGGAGUAUAUGGAAUGAUCGCCACAAUCCCAGACAAAUCCAUCGUAGACGAUUUCCUUGUGGAGUUCUUCUGUCAAGUGUACUCUUAACGUCUUCUCCGGAUAACCUGAACUCAACCAAACUGAUCUCUAAUAGACUUGAAUACUCAUAUCUGUUAAUGACUAGUGUAUAAAAUAAAUUGUAUAGAUAGUUUUAGUUUCAUAAUUAAACAACUUACAAA